CUUUGGGCCUCAGUCUUCUCUUCCUGUCUGUAAAAGCUCGCACUCUGGGCAAGGGCCCACUAGUGUGCAGCCCUGGUGGGGGGGCCGGAAGUCAGGACGCUAGGGAGAAGUGCCGUCACGUCCCCCGCCCGACGCACCCGGGCUCUGACCCCACCACGGCCUCUCCGGCUGGUGCCCAGUCACCUCCUAGCCCCCAGGCACGUGCCCGCGGCCCGCCCCCCACCCCGAGUCCGGAGAGGCUUGAGGCCGAGGGGAGCUUUGUACCUGAUGGGUUUUUGAAGUGUGGGAUUAACAUGCUGGUAGAGACCAGCGUGAUCAGAGGACAAAGCGCCCUUGCCCCCCGCCCCCCUGGGAGGGACUGCUGACCACAGGACACCCUCACUUCCUCUCUGGCCACUGCAGCGCCUCUCCACCCCCCAUCCUCUGGCCUGGGCGUGGAGGGUACACAGCCCUGCCCCUUCACAGACCCCCGGCACCAAAGCCAGCGCUGGGCCUCCGAGCACGGGUCUCCCUGCCCAGCCCCAGCCCCCGCUCCUGCUGUCGGCCACGCCUCAGGCCCUGCCCGGAGCCCUCCUGGCCCAUGGGGGGCAGUACCCACUGCAGCCUGCCCACCAGCCCCCCUGCCCCGGGCAAACCUCGGCCGGGCCCCACAGAGGCACCGAGGGCCGUGAGGCUCAGCCGUGAUGCAGAGCUUCUUGGCAGCCUUCCCGGAGGAAGGGGACGGGGGGGGUGUGUGAGAGCUGGGGGCAGACGCCCACAGAAAGCCUGCCAGAACUUCUCCUCCCCCUGCAUCCAAGUACCUGCUGCCCCCCCCCCAGCAGGAAACACCACGGGGGUGGGCGGGGCUGGGCGGGGGCAGCUGGGCCAGGGUGCCGCGGGGCACAACCCUAUCCGAGCCUAUCUCGUGGGCUUGGUCCCAGGCCAGCGGGCCAGCCACCCCAGGGCAUCUGGGGGUCAUAAAUGCUGGGCGGGAGAAGCCACCCCAGCUUUCCCGCGAGGGACGUCCUCCAAGAUGCUGCAGGCGCCGCCGACCUCCUCCAUCCUCGUCCUGCUGCUCGCGGUGGCCCUCGGCCAGGCCCAGGUCCCCGUCCAGGCCAACUUCGAUGCCAGCCAGUUCCAGGGCGCCUGGUACGUGGUCGGCGUGGUGUCAGACGACGAGAACUUCCUGAGCGCCAAGGACGACAUGAAGAUGCCUGUGGUCUUGGUGACCCCCUUGGCCAAUGGUGACCUGGACCUCAAGUUCGGGUACUCUCUGCCUGACGGCGGGUGCCAGAAGAUGGUCAUGACCUUCACGAAGGGGGCUGUGCCCGGGCAGUUCAGCAAUCCAGCCAUGGCUCAGACCGACAUCCGGGUGGUGUCCACUGACUACAGUCACUUCGCCGUGGUUUACUUGGAGACGCAGAAGGGGGGCGUCAGGAACGUCUGGCUGCAGCUCUACGCCCGCGCCCCGGAACUGUUUCCCGAAGGUGCCCAGAAGAUGCAGCAGCUGGCACCGCAAGUGGGCCUGAACCCCAGCCAGGGCGCCCUGCUGCCCAAGUCAGGUGAGUGCUGUCCCCAUGCUGGCUCAGGACUGCAGGGGGCAGGAGACCCCAGACUCCAAAGCUCACCCCCCCAGAUGUGGGCCCAGCACCAGAGACCAGUGUGCUGGCGCCUUCUCCUAGGUGAGUGCUUGGGCUGGCCCGGACCCAGUCCCCAGGCAUGCGGGCCCCGCGCCCUGCUGACCCAGGGGACCCCUCUUAGCCAGAAGGCUGCACUGUGGGGGUCCUCCUGCCUGGAGCCAGAGGGACAGCAGGCAGCAGCGGGCAGGGACAGAGGGGCCACGGGGCUGGGCCCAGGGAGGGCAGGCGGGGGCAAGAAGAGGGUGCUGGCCCCACGACACCUGCCCCCGUGUUUGCAGGAAGCGUCUGGCCCAGGAGUGCCCGUGGGGGGGCCACGCCGUACGGGCCCUUGGCCCAGGAGCACACUGCUUCUCUACGCCCUCCCCCAGCACAAUAAAUAAUGUCCUAAA